GCGUAAUUUAGUUGUAUUGUUUGGCAGAAUGCUAAUGAUUGUGUAAAUUGAAAUAUUUUGGAAGCUAUUUUAUAACAAAUUCACUUAAGAUAUUCUUUUCACAAAAUUCUCGUAAAAUGGCCGAUCAACAGCAGUUUUUCUUAAAAUGGAACGACUUCCAAAGCAAUAUGGUAUCUUCAUUUCGGCACCUAAGGGAUGAAAAGAGUUUUACAGAUGUGACAUUAGCUUGUGAAGGGCAAACAUGUAAAGCACAUAAAAUGGUCCUUUCGGCUUGUAGUCCUUAUUUUAAAAGUUUAUUAGAAGAAAACCCAUCUAAACAUCCCAUAAUCAUUCUAAAAGAUGUAGCUUACAGCCACCUGCAAGCAAUUUUAGAAUUUAUGUAUGCAGGAGAGGUGAAUGUAAGUCAAGAACAGUUACCUGCAUUCCUGAAAACAGCCGACAGACUCAAAGUAAAAGGUUUGGCUGAGGCUCCUCAGGCCAUAAAGCGCGAAUAAAAGAAAUCGUAUUACUUAAAUUUCUGUACAUGUGCAAGGAGAUGCAUUUGACUGAUAUAAUGAUAUUUUUAUAUUGUAAAUGAGAUGCGCAGCCGAAGAACUGUUUUGUAUUUUUGAUUUUGAUCUGGUCUUUCCGUGUUUUCAUCUGAGAUGUUGUGUUAUUGUGGGGGGUGGUGGUAACACGGAAACAAAGAAACAUAUUCCACUUUGGACAUGUACAGAUAUGGAAGAUAUUGCAUUCCACAAUUUGACUUUUGGGGAGAGCAAUAUUCGGAAAUUUUCCUAAUAGGUAUAAUUUUUUUGUAAAAGAUUUUUAUAUGAUUUUGUUUUAUAGUUUUAUAUAAAAUAAGGAUUUCAUUUUAGUUCUCUAUGAUCUGUUUUUAUAUCGUUUUUUGCAAUAUAAUUCACUUUUGUGGUUUUGUAAUGUUUACCCUGAUGUUACCACUAUUUACAGAGUGAUCCAUAGAUCUAGAUGGGAACAACUGAUAACUAGAAAUUAUUAUAUUAUAUUUGAUUAUAAUUUAUUUUUUAUUCUAACAUUUUAUGGGAAAUAUUUAAUUAUUAUAGGAUUUUCAAGGAACAUUACUGUUAUUAGAUAUUUAAAUCCCUUUUUAAUUUAUGGGCCACCCUGUAUUAAUUUUGUAUAAAAGAAAAACAUUUGAGGCAUUUUGUAUUUAUUGACCCAAAUAUUUGCAAUAUUUUACUCUUUGUAAACUUGAUUUAAAUAAAGUAUUUCUGACAUA